AUGUUAAAAAUCAAUUUUAAGGAGACUAGAUUAAAUAGGAGCAACCUGAAUCUACUACCACAGAAAUCUAAAUUUUCAGGGUCGAGGAAUGUUAAGAGCUGGCAUUCUCGAUCUUUUGAAUUACCAUCAAAUUCUAUGCUCUAAUCUAAUCAAUAACAGAGAUAAUAACCCAAAUAUAGAACUAAUCUAAUUGUACCAAAUACAGCACACUUUCGAUAGUCAGCAAGAAGAUCAUCUAGACCUGAUAAAGUAGAAAUUGCUGAUGCAGUUUCAACUACUAGUCAUGUUGUCCCAGAGACCCCAGUCAAAAAGUGCUUGAUAAGAAGAAUCAGUCAAUUUGAGUACAUAGGCUCAAAAUAAAAAAGACUAAACAAUUUAGCUCCUUCCAUUUAAGUCUUUCAGCAUUCCAAAGAUGCAGCAGUCUUGAAGAAAAAGAAAAUGAAUAGAUUGAAAAUGCAGUAUAGUAUGAUUAAUGACUAAUUAGAAUUUAUGCAAAGAGCUAAUCAGAAAAAGCUCUAUCGCCAACAGAGAAGCAGGAGUGUACCAUUACCAGCCAUCCAAAAAAUAACUCAUAAAAGAGCCAAAACUAAUUGCGAACAACAAUAUUAAGGUCCUAUCACCAAAUUGGAGCCUGAACUAGAACGGAAAAUCAAUUUGUUGUUCCAAAGAAAGAGAAAUUCUCAUCUCAUCCUAAGACGAAGAACUUGCAUACAAGAACCAAAAAAUAGUGUUUUUGUAUCACGGGACAAAUUAUUGAAAUUUCAAGAGGUCAUGGCUAAGAAAUUUGUAUUCAUUUAUAAUCUAAACUUUUAGGAUCAAUUUGAUUCAUCUUGCGAAUCUUCUCCUGUCACCAUAUCUAAACUUUAAUUUAAAAAAACAUAAUUUAGUAAAUUACAAAUCGCUAAUGCCGACCAUCAUCAAUAUCUAACUCCCAGAUUGCAUUACGAAUAAAAUCACAACAUCUUUACAAGGAGAGAAUCUCAUAGUGUUAUUGCUCAAUAUGUCAUUGAUAAAACUAAAAACAAUAAAAAAAAUAAUAUUUUUGACUAAAAAUUGCCAAACCUCAACCAACCUAGUUUAAAUGAAUUUAAUCAGUAUUUUCUUGCUUAAAAGAGGAGCGUAGAAAUCGGCAGAACUACAUAAUAGUUAAUUCAAUCUAAAUCUACGGAUAAUUUGCCUAAACAAAUCCAAUUAACUAGUAGAUAGAGUUAGUUUAUAAAUAAAUAACUAAAGAUAAUGAAAUAAGACUCAUAAAUCUGCAAUUCUACUAGAAUUAAAACCUUACCAAGUGAUGCAACACUCUCUAGAAAUAAAAUAAAUUUAUAAUAAAAAUUAUGGCCUUAUUUCUAAUGA